AUGGGUUGCUUCACAGUCUCCAGGGCAAUCACCGUCCGAGUGCUCUUCACGGCUCACGGCGUCUUCUCCAUUUGGAGACUCUUCGUCAUAACGAACGAUCCACAAAACUGGUACCUGCUGCUGGCCCUCUUCGGGCUGGCCUUCGAGACAGCGUUCACUCUGUACGUUAAGAGGGGGGAGGAUUGGAAGUGGUUCUGUCCAAGUGUCUUCUUCUACCUUGCCUGUCUGGUGCCAACAAUUUGGUUCUUAGAGCUCCAUGAACUGAACGAGCGGAUACGCGAGCACAUCCUGAACACGACUUCAUCAGGCGGCGACGAAACCUCGCGGACGACAAGUUCUUGGAACGAGAUGACGACAGGCAUCAUAGGGACAUCGGGGUUCAAUUCCCACCAGUGGAUUCGAACCCUGGAACAACUCCUCUUACUUAUUCUCAUACUCGGAAGAUGGAUGCUACCCAAAGGCAAACUAACACACGAUCAACUCUCACAACUUCUGCUCGUCUACAUUGGAACAGCCGCUGAUAUCGUUGAAUUCUUCGAAGCUUUCAACGAAGAGCAGGUCAAAUACAAUCGAACCCUGUGUACGGUAAUUCUCGCCAUCUGGUCCUGGUCAGUUCUCCAGUUCACGCUUGUCUUCACGGCCACAAAAGGUCGCAAGGAGUCGCCGGCUGGCGUAGAGGUCCCGGCCGAAAAUUGCUGCACUCCCGACGUCUUCGGCAUCAUCAUGUCCAUCUUUAUGCAGGAUGGACCUUUCUUAGUCCUGCGCAUGUUACUCAUAUUCAAGUACAAUGUUCUCAGCUAUACGAACAUGUUCUUCACUUGCAAGAAUACCUUGGUCUGCAUGCUGCUCACGUACAGGUUCGUUGUUUACAGUACGGUACAUGUUGGGUACUGUUAA